AUGGCUUCUGCGAUAGUCACCGGUGCCACAGGCAUCACCGGUAGUGCCAUUGUGCACCAUCUCCAGAAAGACGCUUCGUAUAAGAAAAUCUACGCCCUCUCUAGGAGUGACCCAGGCUACAAAGACCCCAAGCUCCAACAUGCCGCAAUCGAUCUCCAAGGCUCCGCAGACGAUAUGGCAAAGACCCUCUCGGGAAUAUCUGCCGAAUACGUUUAUUUCUGCGCAUACAUGGCGCACGACGACCCAGCAGAAUUAUGCCGUAUCAAUGGGACUAUGAUCUCAAACUUUAUUCAAGCACUGGAGAAGACAGGCGCCAUCAGCAAGCUCAAGCGGUUUAUUCUGACUUGCGGCUUUAAGCAGUAUAGCGUGCAUCUCGGCAACGCCAAACAGCCAUUUCACGAAGAAGACCCUGUCCUAGAGGGCGAGGUUGGCGGCGAAACGUGGCCGCCAAACUUUUACUUCACCCAGCAGCGCAUCCUCGCCGAAGCCGCAGCCCGCAGUGAAGGUCAAUGGGACUGGGUCGUCACUCUUCCGCAAGACGUCCUGGGUUUCGCCCGCGGAAACUUCAUGAACGAAGCAACCGCAGUGGGGCUGUAUUGUACAGUCUCCAAGGUCUUACCUGGCUCUGAGCUUCCUUUUCCAGGAUGCAAGGCAGGAUACUUUGCAUUCAAUACGUGGACAUCCGCAAACCUGCAUGCGAAAUUCUGCCUCUGGGCUGCAACAGCCAAAGGCGCGGGAAACAACAUAUUCAACGUCAUAAACGGCGACACGGAGUCGUGGCAGGACCUCUGGCCGCGCCUCGCUAGGCGCUUCGGCUGCAAGAUCCCCAAUCCCAUGUUCCCUCACGGAGGGACAGCAGAUACGAAAGGAUACAAGAAUUACGAAUCAUCCACAGUUCGUAUGCCAAAUAAGCAUCCUCUAAGCACCCGCGUCUCGGACCUGGGCGUCUCCUCAGACCCCUCGAAGGAGGAACCCCCGACUCUCUUCUGCCAGAUCAACCCUGAGAAAUGGGCUGCGCGGGAGGAUGUCAACAAAGCCUGGGCUCAAGUGCGAGAUAAAUACGGCCUUGAUCAGAAGGCCUGGGAGAAGGCGACCUGGGACUUCUUAACUUUUGCUCUUGGGAGAGAUUGGAGUUGCGUGGGGACAAUGAGUAAGGCCAGAAAGCUGGGAUGGAGCGGGUAUGCAGAUACCUGGGAUGAGCUCGUUGAUGUUUUCGAGACGCUUGAGAAAGAGGGCAUUCUGCCACCUCUUGAGCGAUUGAAAAGUGAUUUCUAA